GUGCAUGAGCUCCUUGCUCAUCCACACAGGGCUCCUGCCACCCUUUACAGAUUUCUUGCUCACAGGGAUGCACUGAUCCUGAGCCUGGAAGAAAAGCUGUUUAGAUGCCGACCAGCCUCUCACAGGCCCCCUUACCUUCUAACAACCUAGCCCACAGGAUGGCUCCAAGUAGGUCUUGGAAGAGAUCAAAGUUGGCUCUCCUGAAGUCCAGGGUAGCAAUCCUACUUUUUGCUUUCUUCUUCCACACGAGAUCUUGAACUCCACCAUCUCGUGGUCACUACAACCCAAGCUGCCCUCGACCUUUACUUCCUUGACAAGGCCCUCCUUAUUAGUGAGAAUAAAGUCCAGCAACACCCCUCCCCUCAUCGGUUCCUCCACCACCUGCAUCAGAAAGUUGUCUUCAAACAGGGGGGACAGCAGGGCUUACUUUAAUUUCCCAUAAAAAUGCACAGCCUAGGUAGAUUUAGGUAGAUACUUGUGAGAGGGCCAAUGCCUACAGGAUAGCUGUUCUAGGUAAGUUCCCCAUUAACGCUGAUGUUUAUGUAGGGACCAUGAGUGUUAUUUCACCUUAAGCCAUCCAAAAGGAAUUCAUGAAUGUUACACACCACCCCUCCCCACAGGUGGGGACGCGACACUCAGAAAGAAGGAUAUUCCCAAGCUGAUAAUGGAAGAGACUCCCAAAAAGCACCAGGAAAAUGCUGACAGAAGAGGAACGAGAGAAAGAUCGACUGGGCAUUCCUGAAGCAAGAAGAGGAGAAUGCCAAACCCAAUUUCUACGUAACACAGAAAUGAGAAAUCUACAGUUUUCUAGUGAAGAAACAGGAAAUAUAUGCACAAUCAGAGUUGUGUUAAUACAUAAAUGAGAGUUGUUUUAAUCAGAGAAAAAGAAAGGCCGGUGCAUUCACGUCAAACGUAGAACAUAAAAGGUGGGCAGGAAUGAAGGGGAAGGUACAACAAAGUAGGAAAAGGAAAAGAAGGUAACAUUUGAAACAGGGGUGGGGUGGGGGAGGUGGGCACGGGCAGCCCAUGGUGAUGUCCCUGAGCAACAGGCUGUGACAUCACUGCAUGGCGGAUUGUGACUGCUUAGCCCUCACUGCUCAUAGUGGGGUGCGGGCAGAGCCUGCCUCAGUCUGGCUCGUUCCUAGACCCUGCUGAGCAGCUCUGCGAGGCUUGUCGGUCGAGCGAGGAUUUGGCUGUGCUGUGCUGGGUCGUGCCUGGGGCUGCUUGCAGCAUCUCAGUGCCCGAUCCCACAGUAUCGCUUCUGUUUCCCUGGCCCUGCCUAGAGCAGGCAGCCAGGGCCCUACGGAGCGCAUCCGCAGCAGCGGAGAGCAAUAUACCACUGCUGCAGCUCCGGUGAAGGAGAGCAACUUGUCAUCCUUGGUUCUCCCAGCCAGCUGCAGUGAGAAGACCAUGGCCGCGGAAGAGGCAUGGACAUGCUCCAUCUGCCGUGAUGUGCGACAGGACAUCGCCUAUGCGAGUCCUUGCAAUCACAUGUUCUGCCUCGGCUGCAUCCAGCGCUGGGCAAGGCUGAGAGAUAGCUGCCCGCUGUGCAGAACGGCCAUGAAGACCAUCCGGGUCUCUGUGCGGGGAGACAACGAGUACGUGGAGUGCAUCGUCUCCCCGCCUGCAGUGCCUGUGCCCAUCAGCUUCGGCACCACCACCGGCCCCAGCGGCACUGCGGCAUCCACUCCACCCUCUGCGCCACCGUCCCCUGGGCCCAUGGCCGUAGAGCCAGAGAGAGUGGGCGGCCUCCUGCCAGAGGUCUGGGCGGCACUUUUCCGGGAGAGACGUGACAUCCUCGACCCGGUGCUGCCCUGGCUGGAGCAGGAACUCCGCCGCAACGGGGAGCCGCGCUGGUGGAAAAUCAACUGGCUAAAGAGCAUGGUCCUGGCGUUCCUGUGCCAGGUGGGGCCUGACAGGGACAUCCUAGUGCAGUGCGCACAGCACGCGCUGGGGCCCAUCACCGCACCGCUCAUCGAUUCAGGACAGCAAACAGACUUCCAAGGGGCACCAGCUUCUACCCUAACUAUGUGGAACUGGUCUGAACGAAGCCCCGAGCUGCUCCUGCCACCUGCAAAGUGA